GCAAGCUUCAUUCUCUCUCCGAUCUGUUUCUGUGACAGACGUUCUGAUACCCAGCUUCUUGUCUUUGCUAUUUGUUUCUGCACAGAUUCUAUCAAUGGAGCCCCUCCAGCGGAAGUCAGAGCUUGACUUCCAGAGUUAUCGCAAGAUGCCUCUCGCGCAACAACGGACUCAGCGCUUAAAACCAACGUCUCCUGAGGAGCUGCACGACCUGAUCUGUGUAGGAUUCGGUCCAGCGUCGUUGGCGAUUGCGAUCGCUUUGCACGAUGCCCUCGAUCCCUGUCUGAACAAGUGCGCUCCAACCUCUGGCUGGCAGCCCAAAGUGGCCUUCCUGGAACGCCAGAAACAGUUCGCCUGGCAUUCUGGCAUGCUGGUACCCGGCUCCAGGAUGCAAAUCUCCUUCAUCAAAGAUCUCGCCACGCUCCGCGACCCCCGCAGCAGCUUCACCUUCCUCAACUACCUUCACCAAAAGGAUCGCCUGAUCCAUUUCACCAACCUGAGCACCUUCCUUCCGGCCCGUAUGGAAUUUGAAGACUACAUGCGCUGGUGCGCGAACCAAUUCUCGGACGUUGUGACGUACGGAGAGGAGGUGAUUGAAGUGCUUCCUGGCAAGUCGAGCCCGGACAGCCCAGUGGUCGACUAUUUCACCGUUCUAUCUCGCAACGUGGAAACCGGUGAGAUCUCUUCGAGGAGUGCCCGCAAGGUCGUGCUUGCCCUCGGUGGAACUGCGAAGCUUCCAGCUGAGCUGCCCCAAGACCCCAGAAUCAUGCACUCCUCCAAGUACUGCACUGCCCUGCCAAAUUUGCUAAAGGACAACAACGAGCCCUACAACAUCGCGGUUCUGGGAAGCGGCCAGAGUGCUGCUGAGAUCUUCCAUGACCUUCAGAAGCGGUACCCUAACUCCAGGACGUCGCUCAUUAUGCGAGAUACCGCGAUGAGACCUAGCGAUGACUCACCAUUUGUGAACGAAGUCUUCAACCCGGAGCGAACGGACAAGUUCUACAACCUCUCGGCCGCUGAGCGCGAGCGUUCGCUCAAGGCGGAUAAGGCUACCAACUACAGUGUCGUCCGACUCGAACUGAUCGAGGAAAUCUAUCACGACAUGUAUCUGCAGAGAGUGAAAAACCCCGACGAGACUCAAUGGCAACAUCGCAUCCUCCCCAGCCGCAAGAUUACACGUGUAGAGCACUACGGACCGAAUAAGCGCAUGCGGGUGCAUGUCAGGGCCGUCAAGGACGGCAAGGACAGCCUCAUUGGCGACGGCAAGGAGGUCUUGGAGGUUGACGCGCUCAUGGUCGCUACGGGUUACAACCGCAACGCGCAUGAACAGCUCCUCAGCAAAGUACAGUACCUGCGGCCGGCGACGCAGGAUCGCUGGACCCCUAGCCGGGAUUACCGCGUCGACCUGGACCGGAGCAAAGUCAGCGCCGGCGCUGGAAUCUGGCUGCAGGGCAGCAACGAGCAAACGCACGGGCUAAGUGACAGCCUCCUGUCGGUCCUGGCUACACGAGGUGGCGAGAUGGUGGAGUCGAUCUUCGGAGAGCAGCUCGAGAGCGCGGCGGUGCCGGACACCAGGUUCCGCGCUAUGCUGUAAAAAAUUUCCGGCUCAAGGGCAGGAACGAAGAGCUGGUGGGACCCGCUUGGCUGAUGUAUUUAGUACAUGAAGGUGGGAGCAGAAAAGCGGAUUCGACUUGGCAUUUAUUGUGUAAUCUGGUUGGCUAUAUAGAC